AUUCCCCAUCAUGUGUCUUUUUGCCUUCAUUCCACACAUCUGGAUCAGCAUCUUCUUUCAGGGAGAGGUGGGAAACUCUCAUCUGAGAACCAAGCUCUGAUUUGUGGGUUGUCUGAUAUCAUCCAGUGACUCAGAUGAAAACCUGCAUUUUUAGGAUUUUUUUAAUUUAAAAAACUAACCCUGUAUUUCCUCCUUUCUCAUUCAAUACCCCUGACACCUCUGCUCCGUUUCCCCUCAGUGGAUUUCUAUGACACAGUGAUGGAAGAAUUUGUGUUUUCUCCUCCUCCAGGUUGUGUUGACAGGAUAUGUCAGCUGCACUCAUAAUGGUUUUCAAUACGGAAGCUAAUCACUCACACAAGGAGGAGGAGGAGGUGCCGCUGGGUGAGAGGGAAAGCUGUGUGAAUCAUUUUGAUGACCCAUAUGAUGUAGCUCAGCUGUGUGGUUUGGGAGCACGGCGAUCACAGAGGCAGAAGGUGGGAGGGGCACAAACACGCUCACAUCUGUGCACGCUCCUGAGAGUGUCAGCGUGGGGCACGAACAUGCACACAUCUGUGCACGCUCCUGAGAGUGUCAUCGUUGGAUGUUGCUUCCUCUACUAGCUGGAUGCACAUGAGGGUGUCAGCUCAGAGCCACUGGACUGACUGGACUUGUUUUUUUUCCUUGCUGGAUCUGCAUUUCUGAUCAGCACCAGAGCCUGUUUGUCUUGGAGGGAUGGUGUCAGUGGGUCUUUAGCACAGACAGUCAAUAGGGCUUGAAGAAGGGCAGAAUCAGCAGGAAUCAACUGAGCACUGGGACUCAGGAGUGCUGGAGUACAGAUGUCAGAGAUGGUAGACCCACUUUAGGGGCUCCAGGACUGCCCCAAAAUGGGAAACAACAUCCAGAAGAAGAAGAAGGUGCAGACGGACAAAAGCUUUUCUUCACCUUUGAGCCCGAAUCUGAAACGGGACAAGCCCAACAGCUUCUGGCUGCUGGGACUUCCAGACAAGCAGAGAACAGCUGGCCCAAAGGGGAAUGAGGAACAGAAGAGGUUGACGGUUCACUACACCGCCUCACAAUACUACCAGGAGAAUGUGUUCAUUGAAGGCAGCAGGUCUCAGUACCUGGAAGACCUCCACACCGAAGCUCAGGAGGGACUCAAGAUACUUCAGCAGGAAGAACACAGGAAUGGAGUCAACUUUGCUGACCAUGAAAGCAUCGAUUCUACAGAUGCUCUCUAUCCGGAGCAGGAAAUCAGCUCCAAGGACAGAGGAAGCUCUCCGGAGUCAAGAUCCACCAUCGGGAAUACUGAUACCACAGUAAACUCUGUUGAGUUAACUCAGCCUGCGUCUACCCGCCAAGGCUCUACUUUCAAACCUCUGAAUCCAGUGAAAACGACAGAAAGAAACAGGAAGAGGAACAGAAGGACCACCAUCAUGGGUAUUCCCAACCAGGUCCAGAAAGAACUUGCUCUACACAGAAGCUCCACCUUUCAGCCACUUGUGUCAAAUCAACUCCCCGAUCAUAACAAGCCUGACAGUGAGAGCCAAUCAAGUGCUGUUGUCAUCCCAACAGUUGAUGGAGGAACUCCAGCAGCCAACAAAGAGGGAGCAAGAGUGCAUCUUUCAGAACUGGAGACAUUCAGAGACGAUGUGAUCACGAGUGAGCAUCUCUGUCCCACAUCCACCCUGAGACCCAAGUCGCUUGCAGUGCCUGGCAUGACCACUUGCUUUUCUUUGUCUCCCUCAACUUUUAAUUUCCUCCAGGAGCAUCAGGGCCCGGUGAUGUCCAUCUCUCCUCAGGCUACUUACUUGUCUACGAUAAUCCCAAAUGCUGUUUUGCCAGCCUCGGUUGAAGUAAUUGAGAUUGACCGCAGCAUCAGUCGGACGCAAGGUGGUAGUGUCAGUCAUGGUAGCAGUGCUCGUACUGUUAGCAAAAGCAGCCUUACGUCUGGGGACUCGGCAGUCAGUCCUUUGCUGUCCAGAAGAUCAGAUGGUGACAGUUCCCAGACUAACAGCACCAACUCUGAAACCACCCAAUUAUCCAAAUCUGCCUCAGGGUCAAACUGGAGUGAUUCCCAGUCCUCAAAGACAAUUAUGUCAGACUCCUUGUCUGUAUCCUCAAAUAAAGUUGUGCAAGAAAGCCGGACAGAGCAGUCUAAGUACCAAGAUCUUGCUAGUCCCCAAAGUUCAGUGAGUGUGAUUACCAGCCCCAGCAAUACAGGCGAAAACUCUACAGAAUCAAGAUCUGAAAGUGGUGCAACAGAGUCAACGGCUGUUAGGGAACAAGCAAAGAACAAACAUAACUUCUCUCACAGUCUGUCAGUUAUGAAGACCAAGCAACCCCCAGCACCUCCAAGAAGAACCAACUCUCUGCAUGGUAAUAAGAUAAGAAGCACCUCAAAGACUUUUGUGGAUAUCAGAAACUCUGCUUCAGAAGAAGAGAAAUGCUUCUCAGAACAGGCUUUAGGGGGAGAUGACACAAAGCUGACUGUUACAGAUAUCAGCACAGUACCAACACCGGUGUCAAACUUGAUUGGGUCCAGCUCUGCAGGCUCUUCUUCCUCACCGUUGACCCCCAAAGAGAUCUCUUCUAACCUAAAUGGAGAAGCAAUAGAGGUCAGUACCUACCCCUCACAGAAAAAUGCCCUGGAAGGGGAAACAUUUGAACGGACAAUGUCCCCCUCCAGCGGCUACUCAAGUCAGAGUGGCACUCCAACGCUUUCCCCUAAAGUUAUCCCUCAGACCUCCCCACACAAGCAGAAAAAACUCGUCAAACCAGAAAGAUCAGCAUCUCGGGCUUCAUCCUCAGCAGCAUCCCCUUCUUCUUCACUUACCUCUUUAUCAUCUGGUACAUCUGAGCUUGCUAAUGCCGAUUCUUCCACAUGUAGCACAGGUGUGCCUCCACGGGGAUCUUCACCACUUGUUUUGACAAAAGAACUCAUUCUUAACAACAAUCCCUCAAAUAUUAGGGUUGAAUUCCAAGAACUCUUUAAUAUCCCUCCACCUCCUAAAGUCAAGGCACCAUGUCCACCACCUCCAGAGGCAUGGGCUCACAGCAAACGUACUGUUGAGCUUCUGUGUGGACCAUGCUAUGUAACAAAUAAACUACCCCAGAAACCCUCCCAGAUUCAGGACAGAGUGGAUGAACACACGGAAGUCCAAACUGAACCCCAAAAAGAGAUGCAAGUUCAAGGUGAAACCCAGACAGCCAAAUCUGUCCAGGAAGUGUCUGAAAAUAACACAAAGUCUGCAGCAUGGCUGGAGAUUGAUCCUGAUGGCAGUGACAUGGAGCAGACACUUGGAGAAUGUCCGGACACAAAGCAAGUUCAAGAAAAAGAAAAGGCAGAAUCUCAGAGUGAGGAGACUUCUGUCUCAGUAACAGAAACAGCAAUUCAAGAGACCACUCCAAAGAAAGAUCCCCCUCCUAUCAUGAAAAAGCCCACAAGGGUAGUAUUUAGCGAGGAAAAUGAGCGCCUGUUAGAUACACAAAAAAGGGAAACAGGUAGCAGUUCUGUAAUAGAGGUUCAUCUGUCUGAGGAGAACAGUGAAACCUCUUCACAUGACGCUGUUAUGAUUGUAGUUGACAUGAGUGAGAAUGAGAUAGAGAAGUUUGAGGUCCAAUCCAUGCACACACUUUCUAUAGAGACCCCCAAAAUUAGUAAGAUCUCACCACCACCUACGCCUCCACCAACCUAUCACCCUACACCCCCCAUAAUGAGGAAGACGCCUUCUUCUUCAAAGUUACAACCACCAAAGGAAUCCCACGAGGAUCAGGAGUCGGCCCACGUAGAUGACCCCUGCUGGCCUCCUCCUCCUCCUCCACUGGAAGGGGAUUCCGCCUUUGAUGGUGGUGAUGAGGUAGAUUUUCCUCCACCUCCUCCGCCCUCAUUAACGGACAGUUUAAUGAAUGUGACAGACCCAAACCCAGCUGAGUCCCAGUCAACUGUGAUUGACAACAACCUGCAGGUUGAAAUGCAAGUUUCAAAACUUGACAUUGCUCUUGAAGAUUCUUCUCAAUUGGUGCAGAAUAUUUCAUGCACUGCUUACAGUGUUUCACUUCCAGAAGAGGACAUGUCUUCUGUAUCACGUGCUACCAGAGCUGAGAGUCAAGUGUCAGUCACAGCCGUGGUUCUCCACAGCAGUUUCCCGAUGCAAAACUCUCUAAAAACCAAAGAUCAAUCUCCCUUUGCUCAAGUAAGUGACCAAAAUUCAGCUCCAAACUCCGUGUCGACAGCACCCGAUCCACCAACAGAGAAUUCAACCCAUGGGGGUAACUUCAGAAGGCAACCCAGUGGAGCUCAUAAAGACACCCGGAGCAAGGAGCUUCUUUCCCGACACAAAAGUCCACCUGUUCCUAAAGAGGAUGCCAACAUACCACUGGUCACCCCCUCAUUGCUUCAGAUGGUUCGCCUCAGAUCAGUCAGCAUGACUGAAGAUCAGGUGAAUGUGACAUCUGAAGACAAGUCCACAAAUGUGGGAGCUCCAGCUCAAGAGAACUAUACUGACUCAACUAAUGAACUCCAAAAUAUUCCUCAAAAGCCCAUCCGCAAGUCUUUGUCACUGAAAUCUUCCCCUCCAACUCUAAAAAUGUCUACUGUGACAAUGACUCCUCCUUCAACCCGCCUACAGGAGGCCAUACGAAUGAAAACUGCAGCCAUGUCAUCAAGAGAUGGUCUUCCCCCCAGAAAGGGUAUGAGAUUACCCAUUUAUAGUUACGCUGGUGAACCAGGACCUCGGCCUCUGAAGUUACCUGAAGGCUAUGACAUGAACAAAUCGCCAGCCUCUACUGCUAGCUUUAUCUUCUCCAGGAGCACAAAAAAGGUAGUCAUGGAGACCGUGGCUGCCUCUUCCUUAGAAGCUCAGGCAAGUCUGAAACAAAGCUUGGCAGCCGAACUAAGGCAGGCUUCUGACCAAUCAAAGCCUGGGACUGUCUCAACCGGUGGGGUGAAGUGUGACAAAGUCCCUCCACCAGUAGCUAAGAAACCAAGCAGCUUGAAUCCCUCACAAAAUUCUCACAGCCUUUCAGUAAAUCCGGAGCUUGGUGCUGAAGGAAAUGGCGCUAUUGGAGGAGUUCAACGCAUGAGUGGAGUUGCACCGCCUGAAACAACAACACGAGUGACAGCAGAAACGAUAGAGACGUUGUUCUGAUGGACAUCUGUGCUCAGAGAACCAGGAGGAGCAAAUCCAAGACAACUCGCACACAUGGGCGUCAAACUCAUCCUUCUCCAAAAGCCUUAGCCUCCAACGGCCCUCCAUGUUUAUGCAAAAACGUGUCCCUCUCAUUUUGUUAUGAAAGCUUUACUCUGGAGUAUUUUUCUAAAGUACAGUUUCAUCUCCUGUGAAAUCCCCUCAGCGAUAAACCGAGCAUUUACUUUGCUUGUGUGAGAGCGCCUCCUGCAGGUUGGUUUUGGUAUCUUCAGGGAUAAUGAAGAGGAUGACUUCAUUUUGACUCCACCCUAGCAACACACGUUGUAAUCAUGCAUUUUAAUUCUCACAGGGGAUUAGAAGAGUUUAGACCGCUUUUCCACUGUGUGUAAAAAAAUUCAGAAAAAGGGAUACAACAGAAAUUUGUCAGGGAAAUUUUUAUUUUGUAAAGCCACCUUUGAUAAAUUCUUGCUGGAGUAUCUUAAACCUGCUAAAAUGUCACGUGAAUAGUUCCUUCACAGCGUAAUCCCAGUAUUCUAUUUAUUUAUGUGUGGUUGUCUCCACUAGUAGCACUGUUGGUCACCUUUUCCUACAGAUUAUUACAUAUUUAUAACUUUGGUUUCAUACUAAACUACUUUUAGGGCUAAGAAUGUGGCGACUGGCCCUGGACCAUGAAUACACUGGAGCGGGCUUGGCGUGUAUUUAUUAAAUAUUGUGUUUCUAAAAUAACCCGAGCUUUCACGGCGGAGAAACCAAUCGUUUUGCACAAAACACUUUCCCCCCGAAGGAAUGAUCAGCACAUGAAAUCCACCUUUAGAGGGUCAGAGAUCUACGUUUUUGGGGAUCGUAAAGAGUUAUGUACAGUUAUUACUUCUAAAUAAACUCUUUUAAUCAAAA